CGGUUCCAAAAAAAAAAAUUAAAAGCCAACGCGUUUCCCGGUUUGUACACACUUUGAAUAUGGCCAGCAGUGUGUUCAAGCAGCUAUUGGAAGAAUCCAAACAGCUUGUGUCGCCCGAAGACACUUCUCAAUUACCCGUUAUCGACCGUGGACUUGAUCUUAUUGAUAUUGAAACACAGCAAUUAGCAAAUGCAACCAAAGCAGACGAUCGCAGCAAUGUCAAGGGAGAGUACUUUUUAGCCUACAAUGGAAUUCAUAGUCAGAAAAUUGAAGACGCAUUGAAGGCUUUGGAUGCAACAGCUGCUUUUGAACCUGUCGAUGUAGUGCGAGUCGGUGAUAUUGAUAAAUAUUUGCGACAAACUCACGAUAAAACCGUCAUGGAUACCAUCGACCAGAACCGACGUCAUACCGAAAACGAUUUCCGGACACUUGUCAAUCAAACGAUGAAUAUCGACUGGAAAACAACUCAACGAACCAUUCUCGAGGAAUGGGAUCAACAGCAGCAUAAUCGAGCAUUUGGUAGUUUCGGAACAUCUACAUCUAAUAUCAUUUCGGAAUCAUCGCGCCAACGCAUUCCCGGAUACGCCAAAGUAGUCACCGAAUUAAACAAUAACCGACGCAACGACCGGCCGUAUCUCAUUAUUGACGCAUUAAGUAAAGCAACAACGCAGGCUAAUCCAUCCUCGGAGAGUCACCGAAUGGCCGAUAUUUAUAAUUUACUGAAAAAAGUGGCGGGCGAAACCAAAGAGGGAACUGAGCAUCACGACAAGUGGAAAGCCAAUGCGCCCUAUCACAGCCCUGAAGCGGCGCAGUUCCGACAACACCUCCUUACAAAAACAAAGACAUGGCUUGAAGAACAGUAUCAGCAACAUAUUGAAAAUGCGCUAUUAAAGCAUGCUGAAAAGGCACGUAUUGGCGGGUUUCCGUCUGUCAUUCGCCGUAUCCAAGCUUUUGUAGCCAUUAAAUUCGCCAACACGAGCGGAUGGAUCAAUCCGAAUUUGGAGAUUCAACUAGGCAUGCCCAUUUGGGCUUUCACUUAUUGUCUGCUACGUACGGGUCACGCAAAAGAAGCGUUGGAAUUUGCAAGAGAUUACCCGGCUGCAUUUGAUUCCUCGGAUCCCAUGUUUUAUCAAUACCUCAAAGAAUAUGUUACCGCUCCCGACAAUAGUUUAAGCAGAGACUCUCAACGAGCGAUUCAUUCCGACUAUCAACGUAUUGUCUAUGGUGAAAUUCCCACGGAUCCAUACAAACAAGCCGUCUAUAAAAUCAUUGGCCGUUGUGAGUUAAGUAAAAAGACAAUCCCCCAGGUCAUUACCACCACCGAAGAUUACAUUUGGUUGCAGUUAUGUCUUGUGCGUGAAAAUGAAACAACAUCCGACUAUGGAAACGAGCAUUACAACCUGUUGUCAUUGCAGAAAUCAAUAAAAGAGUCUGGUGUGGAGAAAUUCGAUCCUCACAAGAGCAAUCCCUGGCUUUACGUUACUGUCCUGCUGCUCACCUUGCAAUAUGAACGAGCCAUCCACUACUUGUAUACGCAUGAAAAAUAUCGUGUGGAAACGGUUCAUCUCGCCAUUGCAUGUGCCUAUUAUCAACUCUUGCGAAUCCCCAAAGAACCUAUUAUAGCCAGCGUGGAGAUGUUAAUUGUACACGAUGAUGAAUACGUUGGUUUCAACUUUGCUCGACUGAUUCAUCAAUACAUCCGAGCCUACUUGGCAGAGAAUGUGGACCAUUCUCUCCAGUACCUGUACUUGCUGUCAUUAUACGCAUCAGAUCAUGGGUACAACACUACCGAAAUGCUCUCCCUUUGUCACACCUAUAUCUGCGAACUCGUAUUAAAAACGAAGGAUUGGACGGCAAUUGUAGGCACAAAGUCAGUGGAGCACGGACGCAAGCCUGGCUUGAUUGACCCGUACAAGAAACUUGUUGGUGUGCACAAUGAAAAGGAAUACAUCCAAAAUAUCCUUUUACCAGCAGCGAGAGGCUGUACGCAGAAAGGACGAUGGAACGAUGCCAUCUUUUUGUAUGAAAUGAGCAAAGAAUACAAUCGCGCCAUCACCAUCUUGAUGAAGCAAUUAGGCGAUGCUUUGCAACAGAGUCUCGCGCCUAUUGAAACCUCACAAAAGAUGAUGACAACCAGUCAAAAUCAGCAGCUGAUCACGCAAUCUUUAAAUACAUUGAAGCAUUACGAGCAUGAGCAGCAUAUCAGCUCCAUUCUGGAAGAAAACAAAAAGACGGCCAUUCGUACGCUGAUACAGUUGUUGAGAGCCCAUGCGGCGUACGCAGAGGAUCGGCAUGAAAUCGCUCUAGAGUUUAUUUGUCAAACCCAAAUCAUUCCUUUCCAGGACAACUAUGGUGCCAUUCAGAAAGCCGCGAUACACUUUGAACAGCUUGACAACGCUGUCAGCAAAAAUAUACCAGCGCUUCUUGUCAUGGUGAUGGAGGCUCUGUACAAGAUAUGGAGUCAAUGUACAAGUAUUCAACCUCGUGCAGCUUGGCCAACUCAAGUGAUUGCGGGUUUGGAAGAAAAUAUGCGAGCUGUACUUGCAUUUGUUGGUAUGAUUCAGUACAUCAUGCCGGCAGAUACCAUGAUUCGUCUCAACAGAAUGGAAGUAAUGAUAGCCAAUGUUAAAAAGUCAUAGAACCGUCGGUUCAGCGGUGGUGUAUCACCGUACCAAUGCUUUCCGUUCCAGUGAUGAUAUCAUGCGGAUCUACAAUACAUUUGUUUCUCCUGUAAUAAAAUAAUGUCGAGAUCAACGCAUCCAAACGUACUAUCAGAUUUCCAACAGGUGACUUUUUUUUUCUGUUCUCUCUGUCGAUAAGCCGUACUAGUAUGGCCGAAACCGG